AUGGAUUUCUCUUAUAAAGUCACGUCUGCAGCGGAAGACACUGUCAGUCAUGUGUCACCUGAUGGUGAGGACUCCAGGGACAGUGGACUUGGCAGUGAUGUCCAGUUUGAUGACUCCUUCACCUUCUCUGAUAUCCUUGGACUCAAAGUCGACUCACCGAAAGCAAGUAGUUCUCCUGUUGAUUUCAAAUUGAGGACUCCGUAUGCAGAGUUAUCACGAACCAGCUGUGAUACUCCUGUUGGUCGUGCACUUUCCUUUGGAUCGCCACAAUCAGAGGAUGAUUACGUGUUGAAGGACUUCAGUCUUGAGAAUGUUUCUACCAGCAGCUCCAAUGCUUCAUAUGUAACGGAAUUCAAGGGACUCAAUCUAUCGCUAUCUGCAACUCCCUCAUCAUCGCCGUCAUUUGGACAACGUCUACGGAAAUCACUAGCAUCAAAAUUCGAUGCUGAUGAGGACAGUUCGUUCACUUUUUGCAAAAGGCGAUCUUUGAACAAACGAAAACAGGCAUCUUUGAGCUCACAGUCAAAACGUUGCAAAUUUGAUACUGAUUCGACUGACAUUUCAACUUUGAAUGAAAGCAUCUCAAUGGACUUCAGUGCUUUGGGACAUUCAGACAACGCUCCUAGACUUACAAACGAGGCUCACAUCAAAUCUGUGUUGAAUCGUUGCGCUGAUGAGGACAAUCUCACUGGUGACCUUUCCCAAGCAUGCUCACUGCCCUGUGUGAGUGGCAAACAUCAAGAUCUGAAAUACGUCACAGUGGAUACCGUAGGACAGUUACUCGCAGGGGAACAUGACGAAUCUGUUGAGUAUAAAAUCAUCGAUUGCCGAUAUCCGUACGAAUAUGAAGGCGGCCAUAUUGAAAAUGCUGAGAACCUGUACACCAAGGACGAGAUCACAAGUGAAUUCGUAGCAAGGUUGCAACGAACAACCGAUGGGGAGAAACGUCUUGUGCUCAUCUUCCAUUGUGAGUUUUCAUCAGAACGAGGACCAAAACUCGCACGUUUCUUGAGGAACCAGGAUCGUGAAAUGAACAAGGACAAUUAUCCUCAUCUUCAUUAUCCUGAAGUAUACGUUAUGGAGGGCGGCUAUAAGAAUUUUUACGAGCAUUGCCUUGAGAAAUGUGUGCCGCAGACUUACAUGCCAAUGUUACACAAGGACUUCUCCGAUGAUUUGAAAUUCUACCGUUCCAAAGCCAAGUCAUGUGACAGGAAGAAGUCGAGGAAGCCAUUAUCCCGCCGCCUUGUUCUCUGA